AUGGGGGACUGGAACCUGCUGGGGAAGCUCCUAGAAAAGGCGCAGGAACACUCCACGGUGGUGGGCAAAGUCUGGCUCACGGUCCUCUUCAUCUUCCGCAUCCUGAUCCUGAGCGCGGCCACGGAGAAAGUGUGGGGCGACGAGCAGUCGGGCUUCACCUGCGACACCAAGCAGCCCGGGUGCGAGAACGUAUGCUACGACCUCACGUUCCCCAUCUCUCACGUCCGCUUCUGGGUGCUGCAGAUCAUCUUCGUGUCCACGCCGACGCUGAUCUACCUGGGCCACAUCCUGCAUCUGGUGCGCAUGGAGGACAAGCACAGAGACAAAGCGCAGCACUCGGACAAGCCGGCCCUCGUCGUGGACGCGCACAAUCACAAAAAGCCUCUGAUGAGAGACGAUCAAGGCCGGGUGCGCAUGCAUGGCGAGCUCCUGCGCACGUACGUCUUCAAUGUCAUUUUUAAGACGCUCUUUGAGGUGGGCUUCAUCGUGGCCCAGUACCUUUUGUACGGCUUCGAGCUGAAGCCCAUGUACACGUGUGACAGGCCGCCAUGUCCCAACGCAGUGAACUGCUACAUCUCCCGACCCACUGAGAAAACCAUCUUCAUCAUCUUCAUGCUGGGCGUGGCCAGCGUGUCGCUCCUCCUCAACAUCAUUGAGAUCUAUCACCUGGGCUACACCAAGUGCCGCCAGGGCAUCACCUUCAAGAGGCGCAACCGAACGCCGACGAGCGUCUCCAAGGAGCCCAGCGAGGCGGGGGUGCAGUUCGGGCCAACUUAUGACGACUACUUCCAUUGCCCGCCCAGCUACAACCUGGCGUCUCUGUCCCCGAGCGCCGACCCGUCCUUCCACCCGUGCCACAGCAAGGCGGCCUACAAACAAAACAAGGACAACUUGGCGGUGGAAAGGAGCAGCAGCAAGCUGGAGGAAUGUGACCUGAAAGGGAAGAAGCGAGCGGGCUCGACUCCUGGGACGCCCACUCAGGGCAAGCCGGGCAGCGGCGUCAAACACGGCAACAACAAGACUAGAAUAGACGAUCUUAAGAUAUGAGGUUUCUCGGCCUGUGGGGGGUCUUACACGGCUGUGAAGGAACUCGGUCAUUCGUUCGUAGCGCAGGUGUGACUCAUUCCACAUUUGACUAAGUGCUCGGGAAAUAUUUUUUUCCAUGCAAAGUCCAAGAUGGAACUUUGGAACACUUUGUUGCAGUGUGACUCACGGACGUCACGAGGUCCUUUUU